CCACCCAGCAAUGGAGACCGACCUAAUCUAAGCAUGACAGAUGCGUCAGCCUUACGGGAUUUUACCCAGCCCGACGAGCUGAGCGACCUGACCCUGGUGAUUAGUGGCACCCCCCUCCACGUCCACAAACAGUAUCUGGCCGAGUGGUCCCCCGUGUGGCGCCAGCUGUUUCUGGAGGAAUGUUCAAGUCCCCAGGGUCUACGGGAAAUCUUAAUGCCUGAUAAAAACUUACAAGAAGUUACGGAACUAUUGCACUGUAUUUAUUCCACACAGAAACCUAUUUCAGAUACUAAUGUGAAAUUUUUACUACAACUUUCUGAUGAAUUCCAAAUAAAUCGUGUGAAGGAAAGAUGUGAACAGUUUCUCAUCAACCAGGAUAGAUCUCUGGGAAUAUUAGUCCUGGCCGAAAAAUACAACCUAAGGUCCCUCUAUAAACAGUGCAUGGAGUACGCCAAAACUAAGACACUGGAGGAACUGGACUCAAGUCCUGAGAUUAAACGGCUGUCAUCAAAGACAGUGUUACAGAUCUAUCAUGACAAGAUAGAGAUGCUCCGCGACUAUUCUAAUGACAUUACACAGAGAGACAGACGGACAAUGCUGGAUUGUGAGACCCUGAGGAUGGAGAAAGCCAACAUGCUGAGGAGUUUACAGGGCAUACAGAAACUCUGGGAUACCCCCAGUAAGAGGUGCUUCAGACACAUUGCUGACAGCGCGUUCAAUUACAGCUGUGCAGACUGUAACGAAAAAAUCUACUUUGAGGUUCGGAAGUUGUGUGGGGAGGGGCAACACCUCAGACGAUACUUUCCCAAACCCCCCGAAAAGAAAUGAUAAAUAUCAUUGCUAGAUUACAGUGAAAUUUGGAAAUGAACAUAAUUUAUAACAGUAAGAUUUGGAGCUUCAUCCUAAGCAACAAAGCUAGUCUUCAGAAUUAACCACCUCACUGGCAAAAUGUCUCAUUAAAACACUUCAAACUGCAUAGUACUGCAUAGUUCUGCAUAGUGCUGUGUCUGAACUAUGUUUAAACUGGCCAGAAAGUUAUCACUUGAAACACAAAUUAAUACAUGAUCUUUUACAAUCACUUUAAGUUGUUUGUU